AAGAAAUGCCAGCUCCUCGGUCCCGUCGCACUGGUCGUGCAGGGCUGCAUGGGCGUGUUUGUGGUCCUGUCCCUAGUUGUCAAACGGCAGUAUGAAGGUGAUGCCAAGAAGGGGAUACCACGGCGUCGAUGGAGGGUCUGGUCGAUGGACGUCGGCAAGCAGUUGAUCGGACAAGGAUUUGUGCACUUUCUGAACGUGUGGAUAUCGGCCGGUGUUGCAUCACACGAGGGCGACAUCAACCCUUGCAGCCUAUACUUUCUAAACGUCCUAAUUGACACCACGAUCGGUGUUCUGUUUCUAUAUCUAGCCAUUCAGGGCUUCACCUGGACGUGCGAACGCAUAUUCGGGCAGAAACCAGGGUUCAGGAGCGGCGUCUAUGGCGAUCCUCCUAGCUAUAAACCGCAACUCGCCAUCUACCUCGUGUCCCUCACGCUGAUGAAGAUCGGCGUCAUCCUGCUCUUCUACCUCUGCGCCGAAAAGCUGCUGCUGCCAUUCGCUGGCUGGCUCAUCGGUUGGAUGGGCGAGGACGUUCAAGUCAUCGUCGUCAUGGCCGUCUUCCCCUUGAUCAUGAACGUGCUGCAGUUUUGCCUCGUCGACUCGCUCAUCAAAGGG